AUGGCGGUUACGACGGUGCCCACUUCAUUUGCGGCUGACAGCUGUCGCAGCUGGCAAAUUUUCCAGCUUGACCGCUGCGACGCGCAAAUUCUUAAAAAGUCAACCAUAACCAUCAAAACCUACGAGAUGGCUGAACAUGACGAUAUGCAAGACGAACCAACGUUUGAAACAAAGCUAGAGGAGCUGUUGGAUCGAGGCUACGGACCAGUAGGCGCUAACUGCGAAGUCAGCUUUGGUCUCAAUGACGGUCCUCUCGCAGACCUCGGCAAAAUGUUGACAAAACUCAACGGCUUCUACGCCUUUAAUUCUGGCAUUCACAUAUUUCAUGUUGGAGAUUCGGAGAGAUGCACGGAUUUACUUACUUGGAACGAUGAGGCGACAUGGAAGCAACCGUAUCUAGGACUCGCAGACGACCUGUUUUGCUUUGGCCAAGACAUAUUUGGGAUGCAGUUUGCGGUAAGAAAUAACGCAAAUGUCGUGGUAUGGAACCCAGAAACGUGCGAGGAUGAAGAGUCAUUUGAUUCCUUAGAGGAUUGGGCUGCGUGGCUACUCGAGGAUCCAAAUGUGAACGGCGCUGCGGGAUUUGCAAAAGAGUACCAAGAUGCCAAGGGUGGACUGGAGAUGAACCAACGAUUGGUACCACUGACACUCUUCAUGCUUGGAGGAGCAUACGAUCAGAAUAAUCUCGUUCCUCGAGAUGCUGUAGAGGGCAUGAAAAUCAGAGGGCCGCUCGCCGUCAAGUUACGCGACCUCCCAGACGGAACCAAGAUUGAACUCGAGGUUGUUCCAUGAUUUUGAUGUAGCCAAAAAGAAAGUUCAUCCCUACUCUAUGAUGAUAUUAUGAUAUGCACCUAAUCACCUCAUAUUGACAGAUCAUCUCCUCAUUGGGGACUGCGGGACAACCGUUAGCUCGCUUACCGUGCCAAUGUAGAGAGGAUCCUCAUGGGCAUAGCGGCCAGGACAACGGCGUGUUGAUGAAGCGUGGACGUUUCGCG